AAGACACUCGUCCUAAAAACUUGAGAUUGUUGAACAAUAUGUUAACAUUCAUAGCAAAAUUUGAAUCAUGGAUUGUACUAAUUUUAGUAACGAUUGUGAAUCGUAGCAGAUUGCAACACAAAAUCGCCACAGCCAUUACGUUUAACUAUAUGAGCUUGGUGCAAAGUACCCCUUGUGAAGACAUCUCACAAUAUGCGAUGAAAUUACAAGACGGUUCAAUCAAAUGUACACCCUGUACUAGAUGCAAAGAAGAACAAUGCAUUGCCAGUCAUUGCUUUGGAUUCAAAGACAGCAUUUGUAGAAUGCCUAAUAAAAAUGAAUUCAUACUUGGCCACACCUGUAGAAUAUGCAGUGAUUGUGGAACAAAGAGAAUAAUAUUACGUAAUUGUACGCAAUUCUCGGAUACUAGUUGUGGUGGAUGUAUUGCUGGGUUUCUAUGGGACUCUUUGAUACUAGACUGUGUUCGACAACGUCCAGUAAUAAAGGCUAAAGACAAUAGAUUUGAAACAACUGUAUCAGUUAUUGAUCAAUCAAGACCAACAGUUUCAGCAGUAAUAAGGAAUAAAAUGAAUCAAACAACUAACGUCACCGCAACGGCGGAUUCGGGUAUGGGAAAACAAUAUGUAGUGGUUCCUAUGGUACUCUUACUAUGUGUCAUCGUAAUGACGCUGUGUGGAGUCCUACAGUUAUAUAGAAGAACGGCUUACACAUCCUUUGCACAAGCAAACCAGACAGAUGGACGUAUGUCCAACGAAGCUCUACUAGACUCAGUAUGA